AUGAGUUUUAACACUGUCAUUAUCGAGCACGGGCUGCUUGGCAAAGUCACUGGCAUUCAAGCUGGAUCCCAUGUAACGCAGUUUCUCGGCAUCAAGUACGCUUCGGUAAAAGGAAGAUUCGAAGAAUCUUUGCUAUUCGAGCAGACUCAAGGGGACGCAUCAAGGUUUGGCCCAGCUUGCCCACAGGAUGCGAAUGGUUUGCAGAUCGAACAAGAGUAUUUAAUCCAAAAGGCCUUGCCUCUUUCGGGCGACAAGCCGGUCGAAAGCGAAACAGAAUGCUUGAACUUAAACAUUACCGUCCCUAGAGACAUUCCUACAGGGAAGAAGUUGCCUGUUCUUGUAUGGAUCCACGGGGGUGGGUUCUUAUUUGGAGCCAACUUCUGGCCUCAAACCGACAUGCGAAGACUGGUAACCCUUGGUAUUGAGAGUGAAAUGCCGUUUAUCGGAGUUUCUUUGAAUUACCGAACAAAUUGCUUCGGCUUUCUAGCUUCUUCCGAGUUACGAGAAGCUGGAUACCAUGGAAAUUACGGCCUAAAAGACCAGAUCAAUGGCUUCGUCUGGAUUAAGAAAUUCAUUGCUGGGUUUGGCGGCGAUCCCGAAAAUGUGACUGCUAUGGGCGAGAGCUGUGGUGGAGUAUCUGCGACCUUAUUAUUACAGAGCAAUGAACCUCUGUUCCGUCGUCUCAUAAGUAUGGGAGGGCACGCGCUUCUCAUGACACCGAUACCUCUUGAAACAGCCAAUGAGGCGUACGUCAAAGUGGUCGACUGUCUAGGUCUAAAAGAUUUGCCGCCUGAGCAGAGGGUUAAGAAGCUACGUACAAUUCCGCACAAGGAGAUCAUCGACAAGGUGCCUAUAAGUAUUCCCAACCGACCUGUGAUAGAUGGUACUCUUUUCCAAAGAGCUCUCACGUCGCGGGAGGUUGAAAAUCUCACCGAUACAGACAGCAUUCCCGGCAAGGCCUGGUGCCAAGACUUGUUGAUAGGUGACUGUCAAGCGGACGGCUACAUCAUGAGUGGCGCAUUAGACUCGCACAAAAAAGGCAUCGGGUCUCGUCUCGCUACAUCUUUGACUCGUUCAUUAAGCAAGACGCCUCAACUUGUCACAUCAAUCCUCUCGGAUUACCAAAUUAACGAGGCAGUAUCAGAUGAUGCAGCUUUCCAUCGAAUUGUGGCCUUACUCACAGACGUUGGCUUCUACGCUCCUCUCGAAAUUGCAGUCAGAGGUUGGCCGAACACCCACGGGCGAUAUCUUUACCAUUUCAACGCUCCUAACCCUUUCUCUGGGCCACUUCAAGGCAAAGCCAGUCAUGUUCUCGACGUAGCAUAUGCCUUCCAAAAUUACAACGAUUACCUUUCACCAUCAGAUGUCGGCGUAGCAAGAGACUUUGCUUUGGCUAUCGUCCGUUUUGUUUACAAAGGCCAGCCAGGAUGGCCUGCGUGGUCAGACGAUGCAUUAGGAGACCCUGGGGUCUUUGGGUAUACGACUGAUCCAGACACUACGUUCGGCACCACAGGUAGGUCUCAGCGCCGACCGUUUAUCCCGAGACUUCUGGAAGAGUAUAGCCACGAUUUGCUCUGGGGAGCCCUACAGAAGUUUUUAAAUAACGAGUAA